AUGCUUCCAUUAACUGGAAAAACAAUCAUCUUUGAUAACUUUCCUGAUCCUUCUGAUACGUGGGAAAUCACCGAAACGAUUGGCAAAGGAACUUACGGGAAAGUUUUUAAAGUAUUGAAUAAGAAAAAUGGCCAAAAAGCAGCAGUGAAAAUUCUGGACCCAAUUCAUGAUAUCGAUGAAGAGAUUGAAGCAGAGUAUAGCAUCUUAAAGACGCUUUCCGACCACCCCAAUGUCGUCAGAUUCUACGGGAUGUACUUUAAGAAGGAUAAAAUAAAUGGAGACAAGCUGUGGUUGGUUCUUGAGGGCCUUCAGCAUUUGCAUAACAACAAAACCAUCCACCGUGAUGUAAAAGGAAAUAACAUUCUGUUGACCACUGAGGGUGGAAUCAAACUCGUAGAUUUUGGAUUUUCACUAUCUAUUUGGUCCUUAUCCUUUGAUAAAAAUACUUAG